AGGAGGAUGGCGGCUGCCCGGAAAAUCGGCAUUGUUUGCCUGGUGACACGUGUCUGCCUGACGAAUGCCAUACUGACGGCCAAGGCAUCCACGGAUGCGGCGCGACCGACGGUUAUAAUGCGCCCGUGGCAUAGUUAUCUGCCAGUAGCGAGUACACCGAAAUAUCCGCAAUACGCUGUCCAUGUCGACCACGUGAUCGACAAUGAUCUGGAGAAGCCUGUGUUCUCUGGAGAUUCGCGGCCAGAACGUUCCGGAGGAGGACUCCAGUCUGCGUCGACCUCGAGCAACCGCCAGCAGGAGUCGCGGCCGAACAUCCGCCACAGGUUCCCCACGGAAAUUCAGCGCGACGAAGUUUGGCUUUCGGCGGAAGUGCCGUCGAACGCAUCGCCGUCGCCAUCGUCGCCAACGACGAUGAGAGCCGCCACGACGACGACGACCACGACGACUGCGGCGACGACGACGACGUUAUCGAGGCCACGAAGCAUCCGAGGAUAUCAGCGCAACGUGCCUCGACGAUUUUCGUAUCACGAUAUCGAAGAGCUCGACGGGUACCUGACGGAUGACCUGGAUGACGGUAAACUGCCGUAUCGUGGGAAGGCUGAGUCGACGUAUCACCGUCCCAGGCCGCAAGACGUAGCGACGGCCAUCAAGGCCCUCGAUCGCUUCCUGAGCGAGACUCUAAACGCCGACAGCUACAACAGUCAGCUACAUCCACCGCCCAAUCCCCUUUUAGCCCUCGUCCUAUCCCGAUACGGGCGCUACGUGCCCGGAACACGAAACCCCCGCGUGUACGCGUACACGGCGGCGAACAAUAUGCAUAACAACAAACCGUUCGGCAUUUACAAAUACGAGUGCGACGAACAGCCGAUUUACGCGGUGAGAUAGCGAGGCGCGAGUGUAAUGAUUAAUUUGCCAUUGAAAAUAUCGUCGCGCGCGGCCGAGCGGCGCUCCGAUGAUGAUGCACGAUUGCGAGAUGAUAAUGCGCGCUAUGGAAAUUGCCGAAUUUCAAACUUUCAACGGCCAUCUCCAGACACAUGCAAUAAACACAGUAAUAAUAAUGGCGUUAUUAUUACUACUGUUACUUAUCACACAGUUAACAUACACACACAUAGAAAAAUAUAUAUAAAGAAGAAAAUCUUGUGAUAGUUAACGAAUGCAGUUGGCACUUACAAAUAAACCUACCUAAAAGGUACAUUCCGAUUUCUUUUCUAAUUUAGCACAAAUGUAGAAGUACAACAAAUAUUUAGAUAAUAUUUUUUCAUUUUGGCCUAC